CAGUGUGGAAGACCUUUGUUGAUUAGAGCUGUUCAACUUGUAUUGUUGCUGCCUCUGCUCAAAGAUGGGAUUAGUUGAUCUUAUAAAGACAGGUAAGGUCAGAGCUUCAGUUGGUCCUGAUCUGCGUCUGUCCAUCUAGGGUCAGAAAGCUGAACCGUGCAACAAAGGACAAUUUGCUGCCAUGGGUAACUCAGCAGCGACCAGCUUCAUCAUGCCCAUGCCAAAGAAAAUGUCCUGGGGACGCCAGAAAGAUGACACGGUCAAGUUGGAGGACUUUUUGACUGAGUGUGAAGAGGAGAUCUGGAGAGUGAAAGGGGAACAAAAUUUGUCUGUAAAAAAGGUCUACCUUAUUCAUGACAAUCCCUACAUUGACGACACUGUCGAGGAGGAAGACCACUGUUAUUCGGACACAGGUGAAAGGCUGAACCCUGCCUUUAUUGGAGACGAGGGUCUAUGAUGGACUGAUAUCGGUUGUGAGGUUGCAGAGUGAGAAUGCUGUCAGAAAGUCAGCACGGAAAUGCAACUCUGCUGAUAUUUUCUUUUAACCACAAAACUGUAUGUGUGAACAAAGGGACAGAGAGGACCCCUCUGUGUAGAAACUGAGACAUAGACAUCCUGUCUUCAAGGGUCAUCACACGCUACUAUACGUAAGGUCUAAAUCUGAGAGGACAAGAUGGAAGCUUCCAAAUGGUCUCUGUUCUUUGGGUGUCUUUGCUUAAAUGUUUUUUCCGUCAACACCUCACAUUGGACCGUCGACGUGCCAACCGUAGUGAAGGGGCUUCUUGGAUGCCAUGUGGAUAUUCCCUGCUCUUACAACUACCCGGAGAAUGGAAAGCAGGCCAAAAAGUUCACUGGAGUUUGGAAAGAUAGGAAUAAUCACAACAUCUAUCACCCAGAUGUGUCGACCAUUAUUCCGAAGUUUAGGGAUCGGACAGAGAUUGGAGAUGUUAAACACAAAAACUGUUCACUGAGGAUUAAUCGUCUCCAACUGCACGACCUAGAGUCUUUUUUUUUCCGAAUUGAAAUUGACAAUGUUAACAAUUAUUCCUUUUUAUCGCACCUAGUUCAGUUAAUAAUUGUUGGUGGUGAAAACAUGACUCUCUCAGUCAGCGAAUCAGUGGAGGGUCAGGCCGUACAGGCUCUGUGCUCCUUGACUCCUGUCUGUCCGGACUUUCUUCCUGCCUUCAGCUGGAGUCACCCGGGGGAGGAACACUUACAUCCACUGAAGUUCGAGGAUGGUCAGUGGAAAGCAACGGUUUCUCUCACCUUUAACUCCACAAGCGCCGACCACAACAAGCUUUUGCUAUGCACCGCACAUCACCGUGAGGGGAGGCAGCAGGAAGUAUCCAGGGUCCUUAAAGUGAAACAUGCACCGGAGAUAAAGACACUCUCCUCCUGCUUCCCCCAAGGAGAUACGGUCAAGUGUGUGUGCGCUGUGGCGUGCAGACCGCCAUGCUCCGUGGAGUUUGUUGUUUCUGACAGAGUUCUUCCAGGAACAAAGAUCGAGAGACAUGACACUAUGACCAUCGGGAUGCUGGAGACAGAGUCUGCGUCCUACACAUUCGUCCACUGCCUGGCAAACAACACAGAAGGCACUGCCAACCACACUCUUCCCUUUCCCGUCUAUGAUAUGAUGCAGAAUCUCUACAUUCCCAUCGCUGUUGCAGUAGCUGUACUGAUGGUGAUUUCCAGUCUUGCCGUGGUGUUCUGUAUAAAGUUUGGGAGACCUAGGCCGGCGAACACUGGAGGUGACUGUGAGAGAACGUCGGCCCGAAGGGAGGGAGCGCACCAUGAUGUGCACUAUUGUAACAAAGUUUACAAUCAUGAGUAUGGUAACGUGACCAACGAUCAGCCGAUUUAUGCCAACAUGUGACACUGCCAACUAUGUUGAGUUGCAGUUUAUCAGUGCAGUGUCCAAAAGAAACUUGUAUAAAAGCAAUGACAUAUUGGACAUAAUUUUUUUCUUCUUCAUCUUUGUGUUUCUUAAGCUGUUUGCCGAGUGACAAUUAAUGGGAAACGUAGAGAAACAUCUACUUUUAGAAUGUAUUUUCUUUAUUCAACAAUUAUGUUUGUUGUUGAUUUAUCUUCAAAGUCAAGAAAAUGUAUUGUGUUGUAAAUAGUGUAACACAUUGAUACUGGACCUGUGAUGUAGCUGUAGAAAAUUAUAUUAUUAUUACGACAAGGUGAACUGCAGGAAUGUUGUUGUGAUGGCUGAUAAUCUGUCCUUUGAUCACAGCCUCGUGUUUAUCAGUUUAAAUUCAAAUUCUGCCCACUUCUGCGUAACGGUUCAUUGUUCUAUUAUCUUCAAACACAGCAACAGUUUAGCCUUGUUGUUAAAGUGUCGGUUUAAAUAAAAAAAUAAAAAAACAGAAGUUACAGCCUACUAUAUAUUUUAAGGUUCUUUUCAGCUGACAGUAAGUGGCUGGUGGCCCAGUUAUCUAUACUAGGAAUGACAAGAAGUCAGAAGAGUUGUGCUUUCAAUAGGAGCUUUUAUUCACUCUCACAAAUGCCCCCCGUGAAUGUCGACCAUGUUCAGUCACUGGUCAGCCCUCAUAAGACGACCUCGACAACACGUUGGAAAGAUGUGCUGGAAUAUGUACAUGUAUAGAUAAGAUAUGGUAAUAAAAUAAGUAAUUAGUAAAAGUAAUGAAGCUGUUAGAUGUAACUAUAGUAAGCGAUACAAUAAUUAAAGGAGCUCUGUGUACACAAACAUCUAAAUCUUUUUAAAUUAAUCUAAGUUAUUAA